AUGCUCUCCUCUCUCGCACUCGCCCUCCUCGCUGCCGCACCCCUCGUCGCAGCCCACGGCCAGGUCUCCUGGGUCUCCGUCGGCGGCCAGCAGUACCCCGCCUGGACACUCGACGACUACUACACCGCCCUGUACCGCGAGCAAGACCCCGUAUACGGCCAGAUUCCUGAGACGAAAUAUACCCGAAAGACUGAAAAGCUCGACCUCGGCUGGGCCGACAUCACCUCAAACAACAUCGCCACUGGUGGGUAUGAUGUUUGUUCGCGAUUCGACGACAUAUCUCCCGUCGGAACAAUCAAUGCCAACGCCGGCGACGAAGUUGUCGUUCAAUGGGACCAGUGGCCUACUACCGGCCAUCCGGGCCCGAUCGGUGAGAUGAUGGCCAAAUGCCCCAACGACAACUGCUCCAAGGUCGACGCUACUACCCUUGACUGGUUCUCCAUCGCCCAACACAACUACAAUGCCCACACCAAGCAGUGGCCUACCGACGUCUUGGGUGCAAACGGUCUCCAGUGGACUUUUAAACUGCCCACUAAUCUUCCCUCUGGCGCCUACCUCCUGAGGCAUGAGCUCAUCGCUCUUCACGAAGAGUACAAGCCCCAGCACUACCCCAUCGCCAUGGAGAUCAAGCUCUCGUCUUCAGGCUCUAAUCUCCCCUCUCUUACUUGCAAAUUUCCUGGCUGCUUUGGCAGUUCCGACUGGGAGGAGCAGCACAACAUCUGGGAUGAUGAUUUGACUCUCUGGCAGUUCCCUGGCAUUGGCGUUUACUCUGGUGGCUACACCACUGGUGUUGUGAACGGUGCUUCUGCUUCUUCCGGUUCUAGCUCUGGCUCAAACUCUUCCGGUUCGUCUUCUUCGGCCGGUUCUUCGUCAGCCGAGUCUUCCCAGGCGUCCACCGCCAGUGCGUCUCCCACCUCCACCCAGUCUUCCGGAGGAGCCUCGGUCGGAGUGUCCCUCGGCGCUGGUUCGACAUCUCUGGGUGCACAAGCGGCUACCAGUACCUCUGGCAAGACCUGCAAGAAGAACAGGAAGCGAAACACCGUCGCGAAGCGUUCAGCCGGUAUGCCCAAACGACACCUCCACCGUCAAGCCGCAUACCUGCAAGCCAAGCGUGCUCAGGCGCACCCCGGCUAG